AUGAUCGUGUGGAUAAGAGCAAACACCAUGCGGGGAGAACAUGUCGGAACAGUCGGCACGACCCUUCUUCUCGUCGGGGGGUUCGUGGCCAAGGCGGGUGCCGCAGGCUCGUUUGACCCGAUGAUGCACAUGAUGCGAAACCUGUUCACCACCACCUACACCGAUGGAGAUGCCUGCCCUAAUGAAGAUGAUGCCUGCGUUGCUUCAGCCAGUUGUCUGGCUUGCAACGAAGCCUACAUGGCCGCUUUUUCGGAUUGCGCUGCUUCGUUGACCAGCACCUCCACGUGCGAUGACCUUGCCGAAGCCAUGUGCUGUGCGGCGGAAGGCUGCGAGGACAACGAGGAAUUUGCCGACAUCAUGGGCUGCAUUAAUGGGGACCUUGGUUGCGGAGUCAUCGACAUUGGUGAUUGUGCAGGAGGCGGCAGCACGGCUAUUUCCGGCUCCGACACCACGACGGACUCCACAUCCACAACCGAGACAGACUGCCCCACCGAAAUCUCGGCGUGUAACGCGGAUGACGAGUGCGUAACAUGCACCCAGUCGUAUGUUGACGCCGUGGAGGGAUGCUUUGCUUCAGCGACUGGUUCCACGUGCGACGAUGUUGAAGAAUCUGUUUGCUGUGCGGUGGAUGGCUGUGAGGACAACGAAGCGCUCAAUGAUCUCUUAGCCUGCAUCAAUGCGGAAUCUACAUGCUCCAUCGAUAUUGGGGAUUGCGAAGCGGACGGCAGCAGGGCCAUUUCCGGCUCCGACACCACCACCGAAACCGAUGGUACCGUCAGCGAUACUACCACCGACACCGAUGGCACCGCCAGCGAUACUACCUCCGAAACCGAUGGUUCCGCCAGCGAUACUAUCACCGACACCGAUGGUUCCGCCGCUGACGACGGCGACGACACCAGCGACGCCAUCCCUUUCCCCGUUGGAGACGACGAGGAAGAUGAUGAAGACUCUGAUGCAGAUGCGGACGCGGCCGACACCGAGUCAUCCGCCACUUCCGUUGCGGCAAUGGGAGGUUCCACGGCUGUCUGGCUGAUUGCCGCCGCUGCACCCGGCCUGUGGGGCCGGUUCCAGUAACCCAAGCCUACCAUUUUCGCCAACGUGGCGGGAUGUAGUUGUAGACAACUCGAAACAUUCGUCCUGCUCCCUUACAGCAGUAGGCAGUUCGAGGAUUGUUUGUACAAGUACGUACAAGUCUAGUGCUGUCUACACAUCGUCUAGACACGAAACAGCAGGCCAUAUACUAUACGCGACACGUUCAGUCCAUGGCCGCUGUUCCUGUGGACG